AUGUUUCACUUACAAUGUCAAUCAGCGAAAGAUAUUCGUAAAUAUUCCUAUUAUGCAACUGAAGAUGAAGUACUUCUUAUGCCUGCAACUCAAUUUAAAGUAAUCAGUACUCUUAAUCAAGGUGAUCUACACAUUGUUCAACUGGAAGAAACACGUCCACCAGUGCCACUCAUACAACCAGCGCCAAUUUUUGUUUCACUACCAAACAAUCCACUGCCCCUAGCACCAGUGCCGAUUACACGAAGUUUACCUGCUUUUUCAAUUGAACUACUACAAAAAAUAUUCAUCAAAGUUGAUCGAUUCUCUGAUUUGCUUCGAGUAUCAAGUGUCUGUAAACAACUUCGAGUAGCAAUUUAUAAUGAAUAUUUCCUGAACAAGUUCUUUCAACAACGGUAUCAGAGCGAUCGACGUUGCCGUAAACUUAUUGGUUACUGGAAGUUCGACGAUAAGAAUGAUAUUGGUAAAGAUUCAAGUCUGAUAAAUAUUUAUUCUACGAAAAAAAACUUACAAUGUAUAGAAUCAUUAUCAUUGAUACAAUCGAAACAACUUAUUGAUAUAAUUCAUUAUUUAUAUGAUUGUCGUGUUUUUCAUCGUGAUAGUAAUCAUAUAAAAGGUUUUCCAUGUUACUUUUAUGAACGAACUUUUGAUUUAAUAUGUGCAUUAAAUAUUAUAAUGGUUAUGAAUGUUAACGAAGUUGUAUUAAAAUCAUUGCAAUUAUGGAAAGAUACUCAACGUACAAAUAAACAUUAUUCAAAUUUAUUAAAUUUAAUAAAAAAGCUGGAUUCAUGGUAUCCAUUAGAUGAAUCAUCAGUUUCUCAUGUUUCAAAAGAUCAAUCAGCAAUCUUUGACGUUAUAAAAGAUGAAAUAGAAAAACUUUUCGAUAUGUGA